AUGUGCCUCGUCGAUCAACGGAGCGCGCUGACGCGUCAAGUGUUUCGCAGCGAUACGGCCAUCAAGCGCGAAAUUUCACGCCAGCUUACCUACUACCCCCGUACGGUGCACCCCCUGAGCCGGUUCCGGUUCGCGUGGGAAUGCCUUAUGAUCGUUACGUUCGCGAUGGCCUUCCAGCUGAUACCGUACGAUGUGAUGUUUCUGUUUCGCGUCCAGGAUUACUAUCCCUUUACGGCGUUCCACAUGAUAUUGCUAGCGCUCGAUUUCAUCUGCAUGCUGGAUAUCGUGGUGUCCUUCUACACUGGCACGUGCGAUCCACGAACUCAGCGGGUACAGCUCGAUAUGCGCCCCGUUCGCCGCCGGUAUCUUCGCGGAUGGUUCUGGAUCGAUGUUGUCAGCUCGGGACCGGAUCCUUUGCUGACGAGACUUAUUCCUCCCGAAACAUUGAGCAACUCGCUGCUGUUCUGCUUGGACGGGUUGCACUUUCAUCCCGGGUGUGUGUGGGACUUUUGGAGCCUGAUGUCGAUGCUGAAGAUCCUGCGCUUCGGUACCUUCCUGGUGUACAUCCGUCGGUUAUGCCAGCGGCUGGGACUGCGCCGGAAUGUCAUUAAGUUCACGGCGAUACUGGCAACCGUCCUUACCGUCUUCCAUUGGGCGACCUGCAUUAUGUUUCUGGUGUUGCGACUGGUACAGGGUACGGAUCCGGCGCUGGUCGAUGAACGCUCCUGGACGAAAGGAAUCGCCUUCUGGAAUCAAUCGUCCUUCACUCAAUAUCUGGAGUGUUCGUACCGGGUGCUGUACACCGUCGCACACAUUACACAUGAUUUCAACGAGUCCAUGACGUACGACGAUAUGCUACAAUCGCUGAUCUACACCAUCUGCGGUUACGCUCUCAAGAUCUACCUACUGGCGGAGCUAUUCAUCUUUAUUCGCAUCCUGUUCUCGAGCACCAGCAAAUACCAUGAGUAUCGGUAUGAGCUGAGCAACUACAUGCGCCAUGAGCAGCUACCGGUCGGACUGCAAAGGCAGAUACUGGAGUUCUACGACAUACGCCAUCCGAAAAUCUACAGCCGCUGGACACUGGUCCGUUCGACGGUUGGAGAACAGCUUUUCAGUCAGCUGCGAAUGGAAAUUCUGGGUCCAAUGCUGCACGAUGUACUCCUGUUCGAGGGGCUGUUGUCCGAGCAGCAGAUGAGUGCGCUCGCGCUGCAAACGAAUUUUCAAACUUUCAUGAAGAACGACAUUAUUACACGCUGUGAUGAGGACGGUGCCAGUGGUGCUGGUCGUGCGGUGACGCCCGGAAGGUCGGUGGCUAAUUGGCGCAUGGUUUUCAUCGUUUCCGGUACCGUGGCACUGUACACUCGUAGCUGGCGUGCGGUGUUGCAGCUGGAAGAGGGCGAACACUUUGGGGAAUUUCAGUUGCUGCUAGAUGAAAGCCACGUUAAAUAUCCCAAUUUGGUGGCAACCGAAACGACCGAGUUGUACCUGUUGUCCCGCGAAGCGUUCGAUUCGUUUCUCAACUUACAUCCGCCAUCGCUGCGUACGGCUCUCGUGGCUCGAGCCCUGGAACACCUUCAUGAGAUACGACAGGUGGAGCUUAGCACGGUGCUCCAUACGUUGGAAACCAGCGAAACCAUACGAACGACGGCUGCGGGCCGGAGAUCCCAGCCAUCGAAGCCACCACCAGCCGGUGCCAAGACAGAGAGCACGAACAAUCAAUAA